AUGUGGAACGUGCGUCUGCGAGGGCCUCGAGGGAAGCAGAUGGUGCUGACGAUCGACCCAAGUGCGCGUUUCAAGACGUUCGCAGAUCUCGCUGCCAAUGAUUUGGGGCUGAAAGCUACGGACCAACUGACGUUCCGAAGGGGAUUUCCACCUCGAGUUAUUGACGUGGACGGCUCAGCGCUUGUGAAGGACGUCGUGGUGAACAACGAUACGAUUGUAGUGGACACGAGCUCUACUGCAGUGGCCGCUGGACGAGGUGUUUCUGUACCGGUAACGACGAAAACGAAGCGAGUGGAUGCAAAGAAGAAAGUUGCAGGAAAAGCACCGACGGGUGGCGCACAGACGCUCAAGCGGCCGGUGAGUGGAACGAAAAAGACGCCUUCGAGGUGGAAAGUCGCAGGUACGGGGCACCAACUUGGGACGUCGUUGGACGAUGAAUCAUCUGCUACUGUGGAGACGGAACGAGACGAUGAACGGGACGACGAGCGACAACGGACAUACCGGCGCAUUCGAGCGAUUAAUCUCACUUCGAAAGAGGACGUGGAGACGAGUCUAGUUAAUGCUGUGAGUGGCCAGUCCAACGAUCGGAAAGCAAAGUUCUUUCGUGCUGCCACGAAGAAUGCGGUGGAGCAUCAGUAUGAACUGACGCUAGCUACUGCGAGGCUGAACGCAGCGUUGGGUCACAAUUUUGAAAUCGAAGAGCUGGCAACAAGUCGACGUGCCGAUGGCAGCGCGGCUACAUUGCGUGUGCGUUUCAAGGAGACAGCACGCAAGUGGAAGAAAGAGACUGUGGAUCUGCUUCAGAAGGACGAACUGCAGGCAAUUGUGAAGUAUGUGUUGCUAUCGGGCGGUGAGACUGGGCGUGAGAUGCUGAAGCCGUUUAACAUGGCACAAGUAUCCACCAGGGUUUUUUGGAGCAUUGCACGUUUGUAUGAUGGAGACGUGGCUGUUGGCUUAGCUGACCUUGUGCCGGAUGAAGACUGGUCAUUUUUAGACAUUCGUACACGACUGAUGUCCGCGAAGGCUAUGGAAGCAAAAGCGAACGAAGAGUACUAUACCUCGUGGAAGCAAAGCCGUGCCAAGGAAAAUGGAUCGACUUCUCAGCAGCCGGAGAGAAAGCAGGGAACAAAAAGAAGCAGACCUGGUUUAGCUGAUGAGCAGAAGUCAGAAGUGGGCAAAAUCGACCCGGAUGUUGACAAGGAGGUCAAGCGAGAGGCUGCGGAAUCGAAGUGUGCUCAGACAAUCUCAGCUCUCUCGGAGAAGGAAGCAACUCCUGGCACUCUGCGGAGUGCAGCAGCACAAGCAGCGCUAUCUCGAUAUGAUCGAAGCUCGCAGACAAGCGCCGCUGUAGCUGCGUUUCUCAACGAGGAGGGCCCCACUGAAGAAUGCUCGAGGAAGCAAGUUGUGGCCGAGGACGGAAAGGAAAUGGUGUCUGAGGACGAGGUGGAAGAAGCUAUCACGGUGUACUGUGACUCUUGUCGAAAAGCGCGCAUUCUUUCUCCUGGCGAGGCAGGCAAGGUAAAGCUUGACAACGAUCCUUGGAGCUGCUCCUAUUUAGCAAAGAUCGGACGUCGUGGCGGAUGUGACGAGGUCGACGAUGAAGUAGCUCAACUCACCGGCGCUUCGAUUGCAACAUGGCUCCAAAAGGUGGCUGUCACAACCCGGCAAGAGUUAGCAGACACCUCUGUGGAUAGCGCUAUGCAUUCUCUCGUGAAUCCGUCCGACCCGUCAGCUCAGGUAGUGCGGGAAAAGCUCGAAAAGCUGAUCGACGAGGCGCGUCUCGACGAGAUCAAUGACUGGAUGGCGGAACUUGUCGGCGGAACGGAUUUGGUGCAACGUCUCGAGACCCAAAAGCUCGGCACCCCGGCCGAUCUUGUUGCAACACCGAGUGACUUAGUCCUUGAAGCUGCUAGCAACACACAUACAAUCAACAUGUCAAUCGAUAUAGUCAGCUCCUGGCAAACGCGGGCUCAGAAGUUGGUGGACGAGCACCCGUGGCUGGCAGACUGGCGGACGUUGUAG